CAUAAUUUAAAUUGGGUGUACCAAAUGGGGCCUAAAUUAAUUUGUUUAAAAAGAUUUGAAAUAUAAGUGCCCGUGAUCGUCAACAAGGUGAUUGGAGAUGACGGUGGUGGGCGGAAGAGCGGUGAUGGAGAACGGAAUGAUAUCAGUCGACCGGUGGGCGAUCGGAAGUCAGGCCUACUUCCUCACCCACCUCCACGCCGACCACACUCAGGGCCUCUCUCCGUCGUGGCGUCGUGGCCCACUCUUCUGCUCCCGCGUCUCCGCCAAGCUCUUCCCUUCCAAGUUCCCCGGCUUCGACCUCUCCCUCCUCCGCGUCGUCGACAUCGGACGGUGGCACUCACUCUCAAUUGCCUCCCCGUCCUCCGACUCCGCCUCCACGGUUCACUUCUUGGCCGUCGACGCUUAUCACUGCCCGGUCAUGUAUCUGUUUCGUGGUGAAUUUGGAUACAUGCUUUACACGGGUGAUUUUCGCUGGGAAGCAAUGAGCGAUAGAGCACUUAUAGGAAGGGCAAUGUUACUUAAUGCUCUGAAGGAUGUAAACCUUGAUUACCUGUACUUAGAUAAUACCUAUUGUAAUCCAGCAUAUGCCUUUCCUUCCCGUGAGGUGGCUGCUAAGCAGAUUGUGAAUAUCAUUGAAUCUCAUCCAAAGCAUGACAUUGUCAUUGCUAUUGACUCUCUGGGGAAGGAAAACCUUUUGGCAUACAUAUCCCGUGUACUUAAUAUAAAGAUAUGGGUGUGGCCGGAGCGCCUGCAGACCAUGCACCUGCUCGGUUUCCAUGACAUCUUCACAACAAAAACUUCUCUCACCAGAGUCCGUGCGAUUCCUCGUUACAGUUUUAGCAUCGAGACUCUAGAAGGUCUGAAUAGAAUGCGUCCAACAAUCGGAAUCAUGCCAUCUGGACUUCCAUGGGUAGCGAAAAACGACAAGGGAAAUAACCAUCCUUUGGGUCCUCCAGUUAUAGAUCCGAACAUUUUCAAAAAAUACCAUCAAUACAUAUAUACUGUCCCAUAUUCUGACCAUUCUUGUUUUUCUGAGCUAAAAGACUUUGUGAAACUUCUGAAGCCAGUUGAUAUUAAGGGCAUUGUCACUUCAGCUCCUUCUUACACUAACCCUUUGUACUUCUUUGGACAUCUGUGUGGAACAAAGCAAACAUCACAGGCAUUGCACCAGAAGAAUGAGACCCUGAGAAGUGGGGGUUCUAAGUUGCACAAGAAGGGUGUUAAGAAGUUGCAGCAUACGGGAGCUCGGGCGAGUCGGGUCAGCAUAUUGAGAAGAGUGCGGCGUGGGGCGAAGGUUAGUGAUACAGAUAGUACUCUUGUUUGAUUUUGAUAUACAAGUCAUUCGGGAUUACUAUUAUUGUUUAUAAUCAAUCUGUCCCACAAAACAUUUCUCAUUUCCUUUUCGUAAGUCCUGAAAACCACUUUCCACUUUAUUUCAUUUUUAAGUAAUGAGCAUAUAAGUAACACAAUUUCUCUCUAUCUAAAUUCUAAAUAAACAAUAACCAUAUAU